AUUGGUAUAAUCGUCACUGGAAUCUUCAAAAAAUCAUCAUUCAUUUCGAAAACAAUAACUUUUUUGAUUGAUAAUUGAAUGAAAUUUAAAGUAAAAUCUAACUUGAUGGUAUUUUUAAAAGUGUUUAUAAUGUAGAUCAUUACAUUCCGUAUUGUUGCUAAAGUUCGGUAUGCCCAUCAACUAUCAUCUCAGUCCGAAGUUACAUAACUUUUGAUACUGGUUUGUGAUGAGAUUUCUUUUCUCUGCAGUAUUAUUGUAAUAAUUUUCACAUCGUGGAACGUAAAUUUGCGAAUUUAUUAAUCUAAUGGUGCUGUAAUAUCAACAUUUUAUCGAUUCAUCGCCCUUUACGUUGAAUUUUUCGCUACAGUUUGAUCACAUUUCAUAUCAUCGAAUAUGCCAUAAUCCAUCUCAUCUGCCAGCAUUUGGUGGUUGUGAUUCAUUCUUCAUCUUAGUUUCCAUACAUUCGUACGUUCGUGUACGAUGGAAAAAUACGCCAUCGAUUUGGAAAAAGUUUUGGACGAAUUCGAAUACAGAGAAAAACAGUCUCAUACAUUUUCCGGUGAACAGCGUUCGCUUAACGAUUCCUACGGUUCUAAUUACAGUAUUAACGACAGUAUAUUUCCUCGUCACUACAAACCUCCAGCAUCGAAUUACCGACGGCCACCGUUCGAGCCGAUGAAUUUAGCCGAUGCAGAUUUCUCGGUUACAGCAAAGCCAUCAUCUUGCUUGCAAACCGAAGUCACCGUCGAAGGUUGCGAUAAUCCUCCAAUAGUGCCACCUCCGAUCUCUUCGACAUCUUCGUUAAAAGACGACGAUUUCCGAGCAACUGAAGCUGCAGCUGCGAAAUACGAUUACGAAUUGAAUUUAGAUAACCAUGCUGGCGAUUACUCGUAUCCUUCUUACGAUACUAGUGUCAAAGAUUACGCACCCGAUUUGAUCGAAUCGAAUCGCGAUCUUUGUUCUAAUUUGAAUAAAUUCGGUCUCGUCGAAAGACAUUUACCAGAUGUUGCCACAGCCAAUGUAGCCUCAACUGACGACGAAAGCGAACGAACCAUCGAUGGUAAUUUUGACACCAUCGCAUCUUGUAUUGAUAAACCUAUACUCGUUGACGAUCCUGCUCCUCUCCACGAACCCGUCCUACUACCUGCUAUCGCUGUACCGGAACCUGUGGCCAUUGCUGUGGAAUCCCAUACUUUGAAAAAAGCCAGCGAAAAAGUGAUUAGUUUUCAAAUAUCAGACGACGUAUCCGAUCACGCCCUCAAGCAAUAUUUAGACGAAUUAGUCGAAACCGAGAAUCUAGAUUGUCGUAAUGAAUUCACGACCAACACCGCUACGAAUACCAGCUCCGAUGUUUCUACUCAUAACGACGAUUUGGCCGAAGAAAAUACCGAAAUUACCGAAGAUUGCUCGUACAGCACGACAGCCGAUAUAGACGAUAAAGUAGGCGAAGGCAACGACACCGAAUGCAGCAGCAGUGAGAAUUUCGGCGACCGGAAAUCCAGCAAUAGUUCGGAAAACGAUAACCGAGAUUAUCACCUGCUGUCUGACAACAUGUUGUUAAUUUCUAGCAGCGUAGAUAGUCAAGAAAACGCAGAUAGUGAUAGUGGUGGCCAUAACGACAACGAAUUCAACGAAAAUGAAACCGAACGCGAAACCAGUCCUGCUAAUCGAGUCGAUGAAGAAAGCAUAUCCGUCCAUCACGAACCAUCGUCGUCCUAUCAUCAGAAAAACGACUCGGUGACAGAUUUAAAUGCUCGAGUCAGUGAAUUAGAGAUCGUAGGCGAAGUAGAAGAAAUCAAACACCGGACUGUGGUGCAAAUUGCAGGACCUCGAGUCGUUCACAACGAACUACCUGAGGUUGAAUGUGCUUAUGCAAGUAGACCGUCUCGUGAACGACACAACGUUGCUGAAAUUCCAACCACCUCAUCAUCGACACAAAUCGAAUACCAAGAGAAGAAAUCAUCAUCUUGCGCACAAAUCGAUACGAAAACAGACGAACCAGACAGUAAUUCUGCUGCUGACACCGCCUCAUCUAGCAAUGAUAAUACAAUCGACGAUGUAACCAGUAUAAUGCUACCUCCUCCAUCAACAUCAGCUGCUGAUAAUCGUUCGCUCGUUUCAAGAGGAGACGAAGAAAACAGUAAACUUAGUUCGAACUUGGGCAUUGAAACGUUAGAUUCGAGAACAGCUAUUUUAAAUUUCGAUUCUAGACAUCAUCAUCAAAUACGAGAAACGCCGCCGUCUCCGCUGCAACCGCAACAACCUAAUUUACAUCUUGCUCCGGGUACGCCGUCUCAAGAUAGCGAACGUCUGGAUCAAAAUGCGCAGUUUGCUAAUCCAUCUUGUACGAAUUACGAUCCGCGAAUUGAAGAUGGAUCUGUGGUCGACGAUGAUUCUCUGGCCAAACCACAACGUCCGGAUUCGCUGAAUUUGCUGUAUACCACUCAGAGCAACGAUAUGUCAUCGACCAGCGCAGAUUCUGGAUCACUUCUAAGUGUUGAAGAUCGUAAAUUAGGCAAAGAAGCACCCUAUUGGGUACCAGAUUCAGAUUCAACGGUGUGUAUGCUUUGUCAGUUGAAAUUCAAUCCGGUUAUUAGAAGACGUCAUCAUUGCCGAGCGUGUGGAAUGGUCGUAUGCGCCAAAUGCAGCGAUAAAAAAGCUUGCUUGGAAUAUCUAGGGUUCAAAGAAGAUCGAGUUUGCCAUACUUGUCACAGUAUUUUACAAAAAGUGAAUAACACAGAAUCAGAACUCGCGUCAGCUGCAAAAAGACCUAAUCCAAACAAUCCUAUGGAAUAUUGUUCAACAAUUCCACCUCUAUUGCAAGUUGGCUCUACCCAUCAUCCACCUCCUUCAGUUUUAGUACCUAAAGUUGGAGUUUUGAAACGAGAAGGUCGUCCCAAAACCAACGAUAUGCCAAAACAGGUCAUCUUCAGUGACGGAAUUCGACCCGGAGGCGAUUUAACCGAACUGGACGUCACUUCGGAACCGAAAUUACCUCUUCGAAGAUCAUCUCGUAUCACAAAACGAGUAGGAACGCCGCCUGCUAAUAUAACAACAGAUCGAAGACUUCUGAAUCCGGAUACUCGUAGUUUCAUACCGUCCGGCGCUGAUUUGCCACCUUUGGUGAACCGAGUACAAGGCGAGUGUAUUUUUUCCGAAUUGGAGAAACCUGUGACGACCGAAACCGAGCCUAUUAAAUUCGCGAUUAAUCGUAAUCUCUUCGUAGCUGUCAAAAGACUGAUUCUGGAUUGCUGUGUUCAUAAAGAAGUUUGGUGUAUUACGACCGAAGGUAUGUCGUGUGUUGGGCAAGAUGAACUUGUUUUCAUUUUAGAAGUGACUGUCGACGAAAAACAUCCGCCCAAAGAUAUCUUCUCUACCAUUAACGUGCUCUAUCAGGAAGCUUCAAAAGGUUCAACUGUAACUGAAAUGUCUUUUGCUGAGCCUUGCAAUAAUCAAUUAUUCGGAUGUAAAGAGCACGGAGGAUUUAUUUUCAUCAGACCAACGUAUCAGUGCGUUCAAAAAUUACUGUUGCCAAAACCUCCUUUCCUGUUAGGUUUAUUAAUUCAUAGGUGGGAAACGCCAUGGGCUCGACUUUUCCCAAUACGUUUGGUUCUAAGACUCGGUGCUGAGUAUCGUUAUUAUCCUUGUCCUUUAGUAUCUGUUCGUAACAGACCAGCUUUAUAUUCGGAAAUCGGUCACACAAUUUUCACUUUAUUGGCGGAUUUCAGAAAGUAUACUUAUACAUUGCCAACGGUGCGCGGCUUAAUGAUCCAUAUGGAAGACAGAUUGACGACGAUUGUACUGCCUAGGAAUAGAUACGAUCAAGUGAUUCGUGCCUUGAAUAAUUCCGAAGAAAAUGUAUUAGCUUUCGCUGGAAAUAUCAGUACGGUUGCAGAUUCGCAUUUAGUGUGCAUUCAGUCUAUUCAACAAGAAGAUACUACCUAUCAUACUCAAGCUAUAAAUAUCGUGAAUAAACCUAGAGAAGUUACCGGAGCGAGCUUCAUCGUUUUCAACGGUUCUCUAAAACAAUACGGAUGGUCUGGCAAAUCGAAUAUCGUCGAAGAUGGACUAAUGGUGCAGAUUCCUAGCGAGAGUAUGACUGCGUUGAGAAGCGCGUUGAGGCAAAUGAAAGAUUAUUCCAUCGGUUGUGGUCCUCAGGCUGAAGAAAUGGUUACGUUGAAAUGGGAGUCGGAUGAUGUUAAUUUUAAUCUUGGUGUGAAAAGUGAGAUUGAUAAUCAAGCAUUGGAUGGUGUUCCUUCUAUUCGAGUGCACAACGGUAUCGAUUAUUCUGGUACUUUGCGACUUAUUCGAUGGACCGAAGUGUUCAUUUUACGGUCCGAAGAUGAAAGCAGCAAUAGAACAGGAGAGUCGAUAAAUAUCAGUAAACUAGCCGAAUCGGUCGCCAAAGCUACCUGUAUCGCACUUGUGCCUUUACUCGAUCUUUUAGCCACAGCUAACUUGACCACGCUCGCAGUCAGAGCUACGAUACAUCCAGAAAACGUUGGCUACGAAGCUGGCAGCAGAGGCGAAAAACUACCCCCUAUUUACAUGAAAAGCCUAGACGAAGAACUGAUCGCAGUCAUACACGAAGCAGCCGUCUCAAUACCCGAAGUUCUCAACCCAAUCGUGCUGGAAUUAAUUUUCAAAAUAAUGGAACAAGGAUAACAUCGUCUCAACGAUCGAAAACGUGAUAGGGCGUUCAUGUUCAACUUGAAGCACAGUUACCAGAUUUUUAACGGAUUAUCUUUAUUAUUACGAUAAAGAUAAACGAAUUUUAUAUAAACUUCGUUUUUGCCGGACGCAUAUGUAAUAAUUGCGAUGUAAAGUUUCUAAAUGUAUGUUCUCCUCUUUCUCGUAUUCUGUAUGUGUGUGUAACCUUUUUGAAUGUAUUGUUGUCUAUUAUAAAUGGCGACAAUUUAAUCCCCGUAUAUGUACCUAUAUAAUAUUAUAUUUUCGUUGUUUAUUAUUUUACGUGCAUUUAUUACAUACAAUAUUAUGUAUUUUGUACGCAACGCUUACACAGCGUGAAUCGUAAUUUUGAGUAUAGUUUUUAUCGUACCAACUUUAUUAAUAUUAUGUAUUAAUGAUGUUGAAGCAAAUGAUAGUGAAGUUAUUUUGUGAUGGUUUUUUUCGUGUUUUUUUCUUUCUUUUUCUCUCUCUAUCUAUUUCUCUUUUUCGUAUUUUACUUACAUUAUUACGUAGGUAUAAUAUCUGAUUAUUCUGAUUUGAAUUUUAUGUAGUUAUUUGUGUAAGGACUGUAUCCCCUUUUUUUUUUCAUUAUUCUUUUUUUCAAUGUUUUCUGUUUGUUUAUUUAUUCAUAUUACUUUUUUUGUUCGAUUUUAUUUUUCGGUAAUAAUUUUAUCAUUAUUACACUCGUACUACUACUACAUUAUUACGAUAUUAUUUUUAUUUCGAAACAAAUCUAUUACAUCGUGUUAUAUUUUAUUCAUUUUAUUUGCCUAAAAAUUUUACGCACAUUAUUGUAGUACUUAUAUCAAACGUAUGUACCUCUACCUACCUAUGUAUAAUGAUAAUGAUUAUUUAGAAAGCAGUUCGAUUCUAACGAACGAAUAUGCGAUUCGAUUCGAAAUUAUUGUUGAAAAAGUUACAUAAAAAAUUAUUAUUGCGAAA